AUGAUUUAAAAUUUAAAUUCGACUGUAUACAUAAAAUUUUAAUACGAUUGUGUUUGUCUUUAUAGUUUUACGUGUUAUUAUAUAUAAACUAAAUUCGAAAUGUCAAAAGUCUUCGGCAAUAUAAACACGAUAAGCUAUCUGUUAAAAUUUAAUGUAUGUGACUUAGGUUAUCUUUCAUAUACGAUUAACUCUACUUUCCUCACCAAAAAUGAUUAAUUUGUACUUAUCUCACACAUUUCCGCGCAUUUGGAUCUUCCACAUUUUACGCGAAACUUUAAAAACGUCUCUUUUAUAGUAUUUUAAAAGUUAUUAAAUCAAAAAUGGACAUGAAACACACAAAAGAGUUUGAUAAUGAAACGAUACAAGUAUUUAAAAAAAAGAUAAAACAGCUUGCCGAGUGCGAUGAGGUAAUUUCAGUCGAGACUAUUAAUGCUAUCGGAGAAAUCACCAAACAUGUUAACCUAACGGUCAAGGAGAAUGUGCCGAGCAGCGAUGAGUUCGAUGAAGAUUUAGAAGAGAAAUAUCGAAACUUGAAAAAUAUUCUUGAAUUACCAAACGACACUUAUUCUCUUACCGAAAUCAAACCAGAAUUUCCUCUUUAUAUCAAAUACGGUGUUCGUUCUGGUCUAAUUCAUCUAAAUGUGUCGCAAUUCUCGCCAUUGUCCAGAGGUUACCAGGGUGGCGCUACAGCAAUUGCAGCUUUUGCCACGAGCGCGAUUUAUAAACCUCGCAAUUGGAACGAGGUGAUAAUCGAUCAGAUAAUCGAAGACGGUGACAUUUUUUACUGCGAGUCCUACAAGAGCGUGGACACCAGCGAUCGCCGGACGAUGACCAUACUCAACUUGAAAAGAAAUCUUGUCGUGCAAAAAAAGUUCAAUGUGAGAAUCGGGAUCGACGACCCAGCGUAUGCCGGCAGGUUUCGUUCGUGCGAUCCAACGGAACUUCAUCUGCUCAAGGCGUUGGAGUUAUUCUUCGAGCGACACGAUGCCGGGAUCUUAACGUCGCCGGUACUUAACGUAGCCAUUUGGAAAAAUUCCAGGUGCUACAACAUAUUCGACGGUCAAGCGCGACAAGAAAAUGGCUUGCCGGUUGGGGCCAAUGAAGUCAGCGGAUCAGCUAAGCUGUUCUUCGUAAAAGAUCUGCUCGGCGUAAUUUUUAUCAUCCUCGAGAAGAGUAAUGUGCAAAACGAGUCUUUCAUGAUUUAUGCUAUAACCAUCGACGGAAUCGAACCGGUGUGUGUAAAAAAUUCCGAAGAAACUGAAGAAAAGAUACUCGAGAAAUCGCAAAGAAGACCAAGUGGUUACAAUAUUUGCCAAAAACACCGAGCGGUGGUGCAAGGAUCGUACCAUCUGACACAUUCCGCAAUAUCGAAGGAUCUGCAAGGUAAAGGACAUCUGAUAGUGGCCGUGGCGGCGUUGAUAUAUUCUCGACUGAUUAACGCCAAUAAAUGGACGAGCGCUUUACUCGACCUGAUUUUUAAUCAAUCCAACAUUUAUCUGAUCGAUUUGAUGAGAGUUUGCAAAAAAAAACUCGACGACCAGCUGGAGUUCCAACUGGAAGACUUACUGAGCGAUGUUAUUCUCGGUGUGUAUUCCGCCAAGAUAAAGAUAGACGCGAAUGUGGUGCCGGGUGAGGGAAAGACGGUUCUUUCUAUCGAAAGUGGUAUCGAAGAGUUUUUCGAUAUGCGAGAUCUUGGAUUGAUUGAGAUCAACAAAAUCUUCUACGCAAUUUGGAAGGACGGUGAUGUAUAUUAUUUCCUAGAUCCGUUUGCGUGCGAUGUCGAGGGCUUCAGGAUCGACUUUGCCGAUAACAAACGCGAAGAAAUUCACAAAGAAGCUGCUUGCGUGAUCAUGAAUAGCAGCGUGAAAAAAGUGGUGGAGAUAGUAAUGAAAAAUACCAAAAGUAAAGAAAGGGAUUCUUUCUCGAUACACGGCGUCAAGGUGCUUUAUAUAAAGACCGGCGUGACAUCGGAUGAGAUAGUAAUUUAUCGUGAAAAGGGCACGAACCGCAGACCAUUAGCUCCAUCGCUAUCGACUAUAGUAAUUACGAAAGAAAAAACGAUCGACACGACACCGCGUAUGCGAGAAGGAUGGCACAAGUUCACAGAAAUAUUUACUCAAUUUCCGGAGGUUAUGCAAGAUGUGAAUCAGUUUAUGAUGACGGAAGACGAGCCAAUAACUUUUGUAUUUGCACGAGAAGAUGAUAAGAAGAAAAAAGAACUAGCCGAGUAUGAUGCCGUCUUCAAGACAAAGGAAAACAUCGUCGAUGGUGAUGCCAAUCCCCUCGCUAAUCUAGCGGAAGCUCUUGAGCGUUACUUGGAGCGAUAUCCCGAAGUGGUGUUAGAGAACAAGCGAUUGAUGUAUGCCAUUUGGACAGAAAAUGGAAAAUUCUUUAUGUUUAAUCCUUACGGGAGCGAUUCGGAGGGAUGGCGUCUUCGGGAUCACCCAGCUUCAUUUACCGUGACAAACAAUCUCAACGAAUUAGUUGAUCUUCUUCAUGGCGUCCUAGAAUAUAACGAUCCACGACGAUUUGCUCGAAGAAACAAAACUUGA